AUGAUAGACUACUGGUACGACAAUGUGCCGGCCAAAGAACUCCUAUUCCUUCAAGACGUGUCCAAGAGGAUUCGGGAACAUGGACCUGGGCUACUCGACACACUCAAGGAGCGGGAACGAGAGAAUCCCAAGUUUGCCUUUCUGUUCGAGAAGGAGACUGCAGCCUACUACGUGUUCCAGCACCUCGUGAAUUCUCGCUUCUCUUUCCCGGAACCCCCGCCUCCAUCCUUCAACGAAGAGGGCUAUGCUUCAGCCUACUCGUCGGACUCGGACGAGCGGGAGGAGAUGUCCUCCUCCCGCAAGGCCGCGCUGGGAAAGCUCGCAAACCGACGCUUGGAAGCGAUGCUUCGCUCAAUGAGCGGCAAGCGCGUGGAAAUUGCCAGGGCUAUGGAGUUCGCGCUCAAGCGCGCCGACGCUUAUGAUGAGGUCACGCAGAUCAUCUGCCGCAGCUUGUGUGUUGAAGACACGCCCAUCCCCCGCAAGAUUGCCAGGCUUCAUCUCGUGUCGGACAUCCUGCACAACUCUUCCUCAACGCUCCCAAAUGUGUGGCGAUACCGACAGUCGUUCGAGACACGGCUGCCCAACGUGUUUGAGCACUUUGCGAAGAUACACAGCCGCCUCCUGGAGUACUCCGGCACGCUCUCUGCUAACGUUUUCAUCCAGCAGGUCGACGCAGUAUUGGACAUCUGGGAGAGAUGGAUGGUACUCACAUCGGAAAUUCAAAGCCAGUUGCGCCGCCUACUGCAUGGCGAAUGCACACUCGCCUCCCUGGCUGAGCCGCAGGCUCCAGCUGAACCUGAGCUGGAGGCUAUGCCUGUGAUUAAAUCGGUGGGGUUCAAGUCGUCUUUCAAGCGCGUUGACCCGUCCACUAGGGCAGCGGCACCCUCCCCAGUGACAACUGUGGCUGCGGACUUGGAUGGCGAGCCCGUUGAGGACCUUGACGGGGAGCCGGUUGACGAUAUUGACGGAGGCGUUGACGGGGAGCCUAUCGAUGUCGACGGAGAGGCCCUCGAUGACGCAGACGGAGACGUUGAUGGCGAGGACAUGGAGUUGGACAUGGACGAGGAAUAG